ACCCCUGGCCUGAUAACCACUGCCGCCACGCUAGCGGGGCAGCCACAUACCCUGGGAGAUACUGCUGCCCCCUGCCCCAGGCACCCACACCUUGGUGACYACCAUGUCCCAGACCCAAGCCCUGAAGGUUCGUGUGGCCCUCUUUUGCAUCCUGGUGGGCAUUGUGCUGGCCAUGGUGGCCGUGGUGACGGACUACUGGGCCGUGCUGAGCCCCCACAUGGAGCACAACAAUGCCACCUGCGAGGCAGCCCACUUCGGCCUCUGGAGGAUUUGCACCACGCGCGUUCCUGUGGACGACAUUGAGGACAAGAACUGUGGCGCCAUCACCCUGCCUGGGGAGAAGAACUGUUCCUACUUCAGGCAUUUCAACCCCGGUGAGAGCUCAGAGAUCUUYGAAUUCACCACUCAGAAGGAGUACAGCAUCUCCGCGGCGGCCAUCGCCAUCUUCAGCCUGGGCUUCAUCAUCGUGGGCACCAUCUGCGCACUUCUGUCCUUCCSGAAGAAGCGGGACUACCUGCUGAGGCCAGCGUCCAUGUUCUACGCCUUUGCAGGGCUCUGCAUCUUUGUCUCAGUGGAGGUCAUGCGGCAGUCGGUGAAGCGCAUGAUCGACAGUGAGGACACGGUCUGGAUCGAGUACUACUACUCCUGGUCCUUUGCGUGCGCCUGUGCCGCCUUCGUCCUGCUCUUCCUUGGCGGCCUCGCCCUCCUGCUCUUCUCCCUGCCUCGAAUGCCCCAGAACCCCUGGGAGUCCUGCAUGGAUGCUGAGCCGGAGCACUAGGCCUCGGAAAGCUGAGCCCCAGCCCAGAACCUUCCAGACAGGAGGUGGGAGUUUCCUUCUGUCCUGUUCCCCUCUGCCCCRUUCUGUGACUGUCACGGGCUGCGUCCCCUCUCUGAACUUGUCUCUGGGUUGUGACAAGCUUCUGUGCGAACAGAGCAAAUGGACRUGAGCCCAGCCCUGGCCAGGAUCAGAGAGAACAGGGCCAGCAGGUGCACGGGUGUUUGGAGGGACCCAACUGUCCAGCAAAGACCAAGGUUGUCCUGCUGGGCCAGUUGUCUUUAAAAACCCGACAAGGACACCCUCUGCCCAUUUACCAGGUCUAGGAG